AUGCACGUCACCUAUGAAAGCUUGAGCCACGUCGUGUGUCCAGGUUCUACAGGAGCAGCAAGGCGUCGCAUCGAGCUGUUGCGAAAUAGGAAAAUGGCCCAAACUACCGCACCAGCAACGUCCAUGUGUGAUGAGGAGUCUCCUGAAAGCAGAGUGGUGGUUACGUUCCUCAUGUCAGCGCUUGAGUCGAUGUGUAAAGAACUUGCCAAGUCCAAGGCAGAAGUUGCCUGCAUUGCUGUAUAUGAAACAGACGUUUUUGUAGUUGGAACCGAGAGAGGAAGAGCCUUUGUCAAUUCUAGGAAAGAUUUUCAGAAGGAUUUUGUUAAACACUGUGUUACAGAAGAGAAGGCGGCUGCACAACUGCAGAAAACAAAGACUGUACCGUCAGUCAACAGACUGACAGUGGAUAUUGUGGAACUGGAAGCUCUCAGAAAGUCCGUGGAGGACUUUUUCUGCUUUUGCUAUGGUAAAGCUUUAGGAAAGUCAACAGUGGUACCUGUGCCAUAUGAGAAGAUUCAGAGGGACCAGUCUGCUGUGGUAGUGCAGGGCCUGCCCAAAGGACUUGCAUUUAAACAUCCAGCAAAUUAUGAUGUUUCAGCCCUGAAAAGGAUUUUGGAAAACAAGUCAGAGAUCUCGUUUAUAAUCAAAAGGCCUUUCUUGGAGCUGAAGAAACACCCAGGAGCUCCUAUGAGAGAUCCUUCACAUUCAAUUAUACCUCCAGGUGGAAGUUGUCCUCCUGUUCAAGUGAAAAUGGAACCAAACGAGGAUUCUGUAACUUCUUUGGAAAUUACAACAGUAGCAGUGAAGGAGGAAUCUGAGGAUCCUGACUACUAUCAAUACAAUAUUCCAGGCCCUUCCGAAACAUCAGAGAUGGAUGAAAAGAUUGCUCUUGCAAAAAGUUACACAGAUUCCUCCGAACAUGUCCCUUCAGAAAUAAGUGAGGAUCCUGAGGUCGAGGUCACCAUCGAAGAUGAUGAUGAGUACUUGCCUCCUAACAAGAGACCGAAGAACACAGAGUCAGCUAAUGAAGCUGCCAAUACUGGGAAAAGAAAAGUGAAAGAGUUCAAUUUUGAGAAAUGGAAUGCACGAAUUACAGAGCUGAGAAAGCAAGUUGAAGAGCUGUUUGAAAAAAAAUACGCUCAAGCUAUAAAAGCAAAAGGUCCGGUGUCUAUCCCAUACCCACUCUUCCAGUCACACGUGGAAGACUUAUAUGUGGAAGGGCUGCCAGAAGGAAUUCCCUUCAGGCGGCCAUCCAUGUAUGGCAUUCCCCGCCUUGAGAGGAUACUUCUAGCAAAGGAGCGGAUCCGAUUUGUGAUUAAAAAGCAUGAGCUGUUGAACUUGACAGAAGAUGUACCAGUGGACAAACGAGUUGCAGGAGUGAAGGAGGAGUGGUAUGUCAGAAUCACCAAACUGAGAAAGAUGGUAGAUCAGCUCUUCUGUAAAAAGUUUGCCGAGGCCUUGGGGAGCACUGAGCCUAAAGCUGUGCCAUACCAGAAGUUUGAGGCCCAUCCUACUGACCUCCAUGUCGAAGGGCUGCCAGAGAACAUCCCCUUUAGGAGUCCCUCCUGGUAUGGAAUCCCUCGCCUUGAAAAAAUAAUUCAAGCAAGCAACAGAAUAAAAUUUGUAAUCAAAAGACCGGAGCUACUAACUCUCACUUCAACCGAAGUUAUUCAACCCAGGUCGAACACCCCAGUCAAAGAAGACUGGAACGUCAGGAUCACAAACCUAAGAAAGCAAGUAGAAGAGAUAUUUAAUAUGAAGUUUGCCCAAGCUCUGGGGCUUUCGGAGGCAGUGAAGGUUCCCUAUCCCGUGUUUGAGUCAAACCCCGAGCACCUGUACGUCGAAGGCUUGCCAGAAGGAAUCCCCUUCCGGAGUCCCACGUGGUUUGGAAUUCCACGCCUUGAAAGAAUUGUCCGUGGGAGUGGCAAAAUCAAAUUUGUGGUUAAAAAGCCUGAGCUUAUCACUUCCUAUUUGCCUCCAGAACUGGCUAGUAAAAUAAACACUAAAGCAAUGAGUCCAAAGAGUUCGAAAAGGUCACGAAGUCCUGCAGGCAAUUCGAAGGUCCCAGAGAUUGAAGUUACUGUUGAAGAAGGUCCUAAUAAACCACAAACAACAGAGGUUCAAACUAACUCUCAAACCAAUGGGUCCAAUACGAUUUGCAAGCCACGAGGAAGAGAAUUUUCAUUUGAGGCGUGGAAUGCCAAAAUUACUGACUUAAAGCAGAAAGUCGAAAGUCUUUUUAAUGAAAAAUGUGGGGAAGCGCUGGGGCUCACGGAACCAGUGAAGGUGCCGUUUGCGUUGUUUGAAUCCUUCCCGGAGUUUUUCUAUGUGGAAGGACUACCCGAGGGGGUGCCAUUCCGCCGACCUUCGACUUUUGGAAUUCCAAGACUAGAGAAGAUCCUGAGAAACAAAUCAAAGCUAAAAUUCGUUAUUAAAAAGCCUGACAUGUUUGAGGCAGCUGUUAAGGAAAGUUCUGCUAGAAGCCCCCAAAGAAAAAAUAAUUCAUCUAAUACAGCCAAUACAGCCAGCACCACAACAAAAACAGUCGUGAACACAGCUGCAGGUGUUGAAGAUCUUAACAUCAUUCAAGUGACUAUACCAGAUGAUGAAAGCGAGCGACUGUCAAAAGUAGAAAAGGCCAGACAGUUGAGAGAGCAAGUAAAUGAUCUUUUUGGCCGGAAAUUUGGUGAAGCCAUUGGUAUGAAUUUUCCUGUGAAAGUCCCAUACAGAAAAAUCACUAUCAACCCUGGCUGCGUGGUGGUGGAUGGGAUGCCUCCUGGCGUGGCAUUUAAAGCUCCGAGUUAUCUGGAAAUCGGCUCGAUGAGGAAGAUUUUGGAAUCAGCAGAGUUUAUCAAAUUUACUGUCGUUCGCCCAUUUCCAGGACUUGUGAUUAACAAUCAGCCAGCUGAACCAAGCCAAAUAAAAGUAUCUGUAGGAGAUACUACAGAAACAAAAGAAAAUUGUCAAAUAAAGCAAGAACCAGACCCAACGUGGUAG